CUCUCUGUUUAGGAGGCAGAUAAAAUGCCAGGUCUAGGUUGCCUCUAGGGAUAACCUUCCCUUUCUAUGAUGUGAAUGAAGAGCAUUUCUGGCUGGUGGGAAAUCCACAGGGGGAAGGUGGGGAGGGGGAAAAAAAGGAGAGAAGGAAACCAAUCAACAAGACAGAGGCUCUGCUGCUCUGUCUAGGCCCUCCCUCCCUGCCUUUCAAAAUCCCAGCUGUGGCUUUUCAAGUAGGAAUCCCACUUUUUGCCUUGAGGAAGGGGAGCUUUGGAUUAUCAGACCUCCAUGUAUGACAAUUUGUACCUGCAUGGAUUUGAAGACUCAGAGGCGGGAUCAGCAGAUUCGUACACAAGCAGGCCAUCAGAUUCUGAUGUCUCUCUGGAAGAGGACAGGGAAGCCAUCCGCCAAGAAAGAGAGCAGCAAGCAGCUAUCCAGCUUGAAAGAGCAAAGUCAAAGCCGGUAGCGUUUGCUGUGAAGACUAAUGUCAGCUACUGUGGGGCACUGGAUGAAGAUGUUCCCGUACCAAGCACUGCCAUCUCUUUUGAUGCUAAAGAUUUUCUACAUAUUAAAGAGAAAUAUAACAAUGACUGGUGGAUAGGAAGAUUAGUGAAAGAAGGUUGUGAGAUUGGCUUCAUUCCUAGUCCGCUACGGCUGGAGAACAUUCGGAUCCAGCAGGAGCAGAAGAGAGGGCGUUUUCAUGGCGGGAAAUCAAGUGGAAAUUCUUCUUCAAGCCUUGGAGAAAUGGUGUCUGGCACAUUUCGAGCGACGCCCACUUCUGCUGCAAAACAGAAACAGAAAGUGACAGAACAUGUGCCUCCCUAUGAUGUAGUUCCAUCCAUGAGGCCUGUAGUGUUGGUCGGCCCCUCACUUAAAGGCUAUGAGGUGACAGACAUGAUGCAGAAAGCCCUGUUUGACUUCCUGAAGCACAGGUUUGAUGGGAGGAUAUCAAUAACUAGAGUGACAGCUGACAUUUCUCUUGCUAAGAGGUCUGUUCUCAAUAAUCCAAGCAAGAGGGCAAUAAUUGAGCGGUCUAAUACUAGGUCCAGUUUAGCGGAAGUGCAGAGUGAAAUAGAACGAAUUUUUGAAUUGGCACGAUCUUUGCAGUUGGUUGUUCUAGAUGCAGAUACAAUCAAUCACCCAGCACAACUUAUCAAAACGUCCUUAGCUCCAAUUAUUGUCCAUGUCAAAGUAUCAUCUCCAAAGGUCUUGCAGCGACUGAUCAAAUCGAGAGGAAAGUCACAAAGCAAACACUUAAAUGUCCAGUUGGUUGCAGCGGAUAAACUUGCACAAUGUCCACCGGAAAUGUUUGAUGUUAUUCUGGAUGAAAAUCAGCUUGAAGAUGCUUGUGAACACUUGGCAGAAUACCUUGAGGCCUACUGGCGUGCCACACACACUACCAGCAGCACACCCAUGACACCUUUGCUUGGAAGGAACUUAGGCUCUACUGCACUAUCCCCUUACCCUACAGCAAUCUCUGGAUUACAGAGCCAACGUAUGAGGCAUAACAACCAUUCGACUGAGAACUCUCCAAUUGAACGGCGGAGUCUGAUGACCUCUGACGAAAACUACCACAACGAAAGGGCUCGGAAGAGCAGGAACCGCUUGUCUUCCAGUUCCCAACACAGCCGAGAUCAUUACCCCCUUGUGGAAGAAGAGUAUGCCGACUCUUACCAGGACUCAUACAAACCCCAUAGAAACCGAGGGUCUCCUGGAGGAUAUAGCCAUGAUUCCCGACAUAGGCUUUGAAUACAGGAACCUGGGGGGGGGAUCGUAUUCCUUAGUUGCCAGAUUGCCAUAACAUAGCUAGGCCAAACUAGUCAUCUUGAUUUGGCAGUUGUGGCAUGGUUUUACUGUGCUUACAGGCUGCUGCCAUUUAAUGCUACAAAAGGGGCAAUGCAUAACAGCGCUUGCCCUUUAUUUUUUAGGAAUAAAUUGGUUUGCCUGGUCACGUAGGUUGUGCUUUUCUGUCCAGUGUAGAAGUUUAGUUUGAAAACAGUCUCUCUCUUUUUUUUUCCUUCACUAGAUAUUAGACACAUUGACUUGUAAUUUAGGAUACCUAUUGAGGCGCAUAUAAAAUGAUUUCCUGCACUGGAAAUUCCAAAUGACCAGUUCCAGUUGGAACCAAUUUAUAAACCAAUUCCUGUUGGAAUUUGGGCGAAAUUGACUGGAAAGUCAACUUGAGCAUGUUGCAGUCAGUUUAAAAUAAAAUGAAAUGAAGAAUAAGAAAAAUACAAUACGAUUAUAGGCAAAUAUAAAAAAAAACUAUAGUACUUGUUUACCAGAGAUGAGUUUAUAUACAGAUACAAUUACGGUCACAAUAUAUUAUUUUAAUGUAUUUAUUUCAGACUAACCAAAUGUAAGCAGCAGUCAUUGGUGCCAAAAAAUGAUGAAUGAAUGGAGCACUUUCCAGUUUAAAUAUCAAUGAGAUUUCCCCCACCCCACCCCCUCCACACACAUAUAUGUUGCAGCAAAACUGUUGAUGGUUUUCGCUUUUGCUUAUGACCACAGAAAACUACUUCAGAAACUGAAAGUAAACUAAGAGCAAAGACAGAGGUAAACCUUCAAAAUGGGAUGGCAGUGAAUACACAUUCGGCAUCCACAAGAGACACUAGUCUGUGCCUGUUCCCAUCUUCAGAAUGUGUCAAGGAAGUGUGUAGGAUUGUGCCUGCAGUCCCCGCUCCCCAGAUUUCAUCAGUGUAAAAGGGAGAGGAGCUGCAAUCCAACAACAUCCGGAGGGCCAUAUGUGAUCCACUCUGGUUGUAUGUGCAUUUACAUCUGCACGAAGGCUCUUCUGUGUAAUCAGGCACUUGAUUGCACACACAGUGGUACAUGUGCAAAGCCACUUCAUACCUUCCAUUGGAUGUACAGAAACUGGAAGACCCUUCUAUGGUUUCUGAAGGUGUGGAAGAGAUUUUGUCUUUGUUCUAGCAGGGAGAUUCCAGCAAAACUAGAUUUGCAGAAGGUUGAGAAUUUAAUUUUAUUUUUCUUUGACUACCAAUGCUAAGCACUUCCGUAGAAGGCCCAAGGCUUCUGCCAAUCUUAAUUUUGUAUUUUUUAAAAAAAAGAAAUGUUGGCUUUGUGCUUAUUAAAGAGAAAGGGGCAGAGGGCAUGCAUUCAUACUAGGGCUUAAUUCUGUGCAUUAGUAUCUCCAGUAGUAGUAUUGUAUAAUCGUUGCUCCUACCAAAGAAUUAAGAGCUUAUUACAUAGUAAUUUAUCAGAAAAAAAUCAUGGCAGCAUGAAUGUGUUGUGCAAGAAAAAAGUGCUGCUUGGAAGAUUUGGCAGGGGAGAUACUUCCAGUCAACUGAAGCACUACCGGACCAGAAUCCAGUUGUUAAGUCUCAGCUAGAAGAGACCCAAGGAAACAAGAGAAUUUAAAUAAGGGCUGAUUUACCACUCUGCAGUUGAUCCAGAGUGGUAAAUUACUCCCACUGGAAUCAGCUGUUGGUUUUAGGCCCAGCAGUAGUGUUCUAGUGAGAAUGCUCCCUCAAUGUCUGAGUAUUUGUUUUGCUGUGCAUUUUAAAACUGUUCUCUUUAUUGUUAUCAAACACAAUGCAGUGCUUUUCUAAUUGAGGAGCUUUCCCUCUCAUGCACCGUGAAAUACUUAGUGCAUUCCAUCGAAAGUAGUGCCCACGAAAGGCCAUGUCUUAACAGUUUUCCAUCCUGCUCUAGAACUCCUUUGAGUUGCAGCACAUAUUGAUGAAUUUCCUCCUUAGGCAGGCAACCUCACUCGCUUCUGUGUGAAAAGCAGCUCCGUGCUUGCAUAGCGGAAGAUGAGAUGUUGACUCUUCUUGUGUGCAUAGAAAGGACUGCAGAAGCCAACGUAACCGGCCAUAAUGGCUGAGGCCAAGCUGAGCCUAUGGCAAAUAUAAAUCCCUCCCAGCAUAGGGGUGGGAAAUUAUUUAGGACUGCCCCUGGCCCAGCAGAGUGGCUGUGACUCUGGGCUGAGUGUAGUUGGCAUCCAGUUCAUCUCAACUCCUCCCGCUUCCCCAUCUCUUUGGCUCUUCUCCAGCAGAUGUCAGUCAGAAUACAAGCUGCACCAGCAGAUCUGAGAUGAGCUAGCAGAAGGGGUUCUGUUGGCACAAGGCCAUGGGUGUCCUGUACAAGACCCAUUCCAGAACUACUGCAGCCAGUGUAUGUUUGAGUUUGGAUUGCUUUUCCUGGUGGAAUAAUUUUCCAAGAACUUUCUUUACCAUUAGGGAUUUAAUUCCUCAAGGACAAUUAGGCAUAAAACAAACUUGAUUCCCAUAUGAGGUGAGAGUCUGGUUUAAGGACCAUAAUAGAUAGAUACAAUAACAUACUACCUAACUUUUUCUGCAAUAUACAGUGCCCCUGAUCUGCGGCCUUGAGGUGCCUGCUUCACUCUGCCUAAUAGUUGGCCAGGUUUUGGAUUCAGAUAUGGUUGUCUUCUAUGUUCCCAUAAGUACUUGUGUCCUCUUAUUUUAUCAUUAUGGAGAAAGAACUAUGAAAUAAUGCUUUUUAAAAUAAUAAUGCAAGGCACUGUUAGUAAGUACCCUGCUGUAGAGACUAUGUGUUGUGUGACAUAUCAUCUUAAUCAGCUAAUGAACUCAACACACUAGGCUUUAACUUCUUUUAGAGAAGUUUUGUUUCUACAGCUUUUUUUCUGAAAAAGCAGUUGUCCUGAACACAUUUAUUAGGCAGUAAGCCCAUGGAAUACAAUGGGACUGAAUUAUAAUCAGGUGCCAAUAAGUCAAUUCGGUUUUAUGGCAACCUUCUCUUGAUUUUCCAGGUGUAAAGUACUGUAUUAAGAAGUGCUUUACCAGUCCUUCUUUCUGUUGGCACUUUGGGAACAUGCAGCUGGCCCAAUUUGGCAAAGACCACAGGGCACAUAAUCCUAUUAGCCACACACACUUAAAGUGAUUUUGGCUGGCCCUUCCCAUGAAGCACAGUAGGGAAUUGAACUCCCAACCCCCAGGUGCUCCAGUCCACUGAACUACUGAAUAUACAUGCAUAGGAUUGCACUGCGCUCUGCGUUUCUAUAAAGAAAAGAAAACAUACAACUUCCUAAUGAUGUAUUGAAUGUCGUGGACUUGGAAUAGGGCAAUGUUGUCCCAUCACUACUUACAUUACAGGCGCUGUCCAGUGUGUGCCUCUGCGAUUUAUGCUAUCCUACUUGUACUGUAUUGCACUCCCUAUCGUAAAUGAUGGGCUACUAGUUUUUCUUUGUUACAAAAUAGUCUGUUCUAGUGCUGAGAAAAUGAGAUCUGCAAUACAACUGAAAUGCUUUUGUUAGGAAAGAUGUCUUGGUCCCCUGUAAGAAAUGAGUAACUGUGCAUUUACUGAAGAAGAAGAUAGUUUGGAGAAGCCCUUGGGAAAUACAUGUGAACACUGCCUGUUGGAAGGGAACAUAGAUUUGUGUGGGUCCUGACUGUAGGAAAACUCUGUUUUCUCAGUCAAAGGACCCCCUUCAGCAGGCCUGCUGCUAGCCCAGGAGUUGUGCCUAACCCGUUUACUAUAACAUGAUAGAAUUGGUGGUUUCAGUACUUUGGGUAUUUUGCUGCCUUAUGUCUAAUGAAUGCUUUUCUUUUCAUCUUCUAAUUUAUUUGUUUUUAAAAUGGCACUUUUCUUGUAAUCUGAAUUACGUCUUAACAUUAGCAUGCCUUUUAUCCAAUAUGAGUAAAUUAAAGUUGUUGUUUUAAGCAUUUAUCAA